AUGAAGGUGGGCACUCAAAAAUCAUCUGGUAAGACAUUGUUCAACUUGAGCUGCAGUCACUUGAACCUCACAGAAAAGGAAUAUUUUGGAUUGGAGUUCUGGAGUUCUGCGGGGCAUACUGCCUGGCUGGAACUUCUCAAGCCUAUAACCAAGCAGAUUAAAAUGGAUCCGGGCCAUCUGAGAGAAGAGCUGACGAGAUACCUGUUCACUCUCCAAAUCAAGAAGGACCUGGCGUGUGGAAGACUUCCUUGCAGCGAUAACAGCUCCGCUCUGAUGGUCUCUCACCUUUUGCAGUCUGCGCUGGGGGAUUUUCAUGAAGAAAUGGAUCGGAAGCACUUGGAGACACACAAAUAUUUGCUGAACCAAGAGUAUUUGGCGAACAAGAUCAUGCAUUACCACAAGAAACACAGCGGCAAAACUCCCGCGGAAUCUGAUGUGCACCUCUUGGACAUAGCUAGGAAGCUAGAAAUGUAUGGGAUCAGGCCCCACCCGGCCAGCGACGGAGAAGGGACCCAAAUAACUUUAGCUGUCACGCACAUGGGCGUGCUGGUUUUGCGGGGGAAUACAAAGAUUAACACCUUCAACUGGUCCAAAAUCCGCAAGCUGAGUUUCAAGCGGAAGCAUUUCCUGAUCAAACUCCACGCCAACAUUUCGGCAUUGUGCAAAGAUACACUGGAGUUCACCAUGGCCAGCCGAGACACGUGCAAAGCCUUCUGGAAGACCUGUGUGGAAUACCACGCUUUCUUCCGACUCUCCGAAGAGCCAAAGUCAAAGCCCAAAGCGUUUCUGUGCAGCAAGGGCUCUAGUUUCCGAUACAGUGGAAGAACCCAGAGACAACUGCUGGAACACAGGACCAAGGGGAAACUGAAGAACUUGCCGUUUGAGAGGAAGCAUUACCCGUCUCGAUACCAUGAUAGGCAAUGCAGGUCUUCCCCAGAUCUUCUCACAGAUGUUUCCAAGCAAAUGGAAGACCUGCGGUUGGUUUAUGGCACCAUGGGGAGCUACUAUGGUGCAAACGGAGUCCACACCUCAGAGCCCAUGCUGGACAGUCGGCGGAGGAACUCUGCGGUGGAAGUGAUCUUUGCUGAUGAACUGGAGCGCUCCAAGCCCGAAGCUGACCCAACGCUGCUGCCCCAUUCCCAAAGCAGCUCCGUCUUCCCGCUGGUCUACUCGGAGAUGGAGCGCGACUGGGAGUCAGCCGACGUCUAUGGCCAGAGGAUCCCGCUGACCUCCUUCCAGCCUGGCUACAAGCUUGCUGGGAACAGCAAAAGCACCUCUGUGGGCAACAUGAGAGAGGUGACCCCUAGGCGACAGCUGACGUACACCGAGGUGCCCUACAGAGUCCCUGCCAACCAACAGCUGGACGUGGCUUCUCCCCAAGUCUUCUUCUACGUGGACCGGCCCCCUCAGUUCCCAAGACACACAACUCUGGGCCUCGAGGAGGAAAGGGCAAGCGGCGUGAGCAUCCUUGGCGUGGCUCCCAUGAAGCCUCAAAGGAGAAGCCCAGCUAUGCCGAGAACAAGGGUGACUGAACCGGAGGCUGCGCCCAGAGCUAGCUACCUUAGCAGUGUCAGCAUGGAGCAAGAGGACGACGGCAGCGUCUUUGAGUACGGCGUUCAGGAGCAGGUUCCCAAGAGGUCUUGGAGUCAGUCGGACAUGAAAACCAUCCGGUUCCCCUACGGCUCAGAGUUCCGACCGCUCGGGCCGUGUCCCGUCUUGAGUAGCAGGAAAGCGGACAUUCUGCAGUAUGUGCUGGCCCAGCAAGGCUUUCCAGAACCGCCCAGAGUCCAGCGAGCCACCGAACGCUAUGUGGGCAGCGGGACAGAGUCCAGCGACUCGGAUUCGGACCUUUUGCCGGAUUAUUACACUCUCUAUGGGAGAGUGCUCAAAGCACCCAGGGCAAGGGUCCGUCUGUCUUCAGGGAGCCUCCAGCUCGAGGAAGAGGAUGAAGAAGUUCGCCUGGCUACUGCCAGCAUUGACGACAGAACUUCGCAGGGAACAUCCAAUUAUUUCACUUAA